GGGCCGCGCUGUUACACAAUAGCAGAAGCGUUUCCGGUGCCAAACUGAUCAAACGCUCUAAAGUAAAUUGAUAACAAGCUCAAACUGAGCCUCGCGGAUCACGCGUGUUUCUCAGAGCGUGUACAUCGGGGUGUCCGGAAACACGAGCCGCGUGGCUCUGUUGUUGUUGUGUGUAAAUUGCGCACUCACGCAGGUGAUUGUUACGUGACGCUGCGCGCGUCUCUGAUACCUGCUGAGUCCCGAGAACUCUGCACGCGCUCUGCUGUCACGAAAGGGGCGGGAGGCUCUAGACAAGGUGCUCCGCGUGGAGACUCCGCGGACUCCUGACCGGCCUGGAACCACAGCACACGGGCUGUCGGGUAGUGCGCACCCCCUCAGAUCCACGCCCGCGGAGAGUCGCCCUUCCCGGGCCAGCCCACGGAGAACGGAAUGGAGGACGAGGAGGAGGAAGAGGGAGAUCUGGAUGACGCGUCUCGGCUAGAGAGAUGUUUAAAAGACGGAAGGAGAGCCAGGUCCCUGCCAUCCUUCCGAGUCUCCGGUGGAGAGGACAGGAAGCGGGUGAAGUUCGCCGACGCCAUGGGGCUGAGACUGGCCAAAGUCAAGCACUUCAGCUCCCUGGAGGAGCCGCAGAUCCCCAGCAAAGUUCUGUCCCGGCACAGGAGCUUCCCAUCAGAGCAGCAGGACCUCCCGAGCGACCUGCGCCACAGCCUGGACACGGACCGGCUGGUCGCCUGCUUCCCGGAGCUGCGGGAGACGGAGCGCAGAGUCCGGGGGCUGCGGGUCUGCCUGGAGAAGCUCACCACAACCCAGGUUGACGUGCGCGGCCAGAUCCGGGUCUUGAACAGCUGCACCAGCGUGGAGGUCGGAGUGAGGUACACCUUCAACGAGUGGCUGUCUCACGUGGACGCGCAGGCUGUGCCCGUGGCGUCGGAUGAGCCGGGCUUCGUGGGGGAGCGCUUCGCCUUCACCCUCAACACGCCGCCCUUCAUGGACCCCAGCUCGGCCGUGCACUUCGCCGUUUACCUGAAGAGCGCGGAGGGGGAGUUCUGGGACAACAACGAGGGGCAGAACUACACCCUCAGGUACCGCUGCAUGCCCGGCGACACGCCCUUUGGCAGCGCCGCUUUCCACGAGUAAACCCCCUCUCCAUCCGUGCGUAAACCCCCUCCAUUUAUGCGUAAAACCUCUCCAUCCUCGCUAAAGCUGAAAGAAAAGUUUCAGUGUGCACCUGCUGCUUUGCCACAGUUUUUCCUGUUCAUUCGCUUUGACGCUGCAGUCUCAUCACAGACCUGUGAAAGCUAACAUCAGUGUGUUCCAGAGGCGAGGACGCUUCAGAUGUCGCUUUAGUUUAGUUUGUUUGCAUGUUUUUCUUUUUUAGAUCAGUAAUGUGGACAGAGAUGAGGCAUGAAUGUUGUCACAGGAUUCCAGCUUCUGCUAACAUCAUUGCACACAGAUGCUGAGCCCAACAGGAUGAACGGUUUAGAGAUUCUGAAAUGUGAUUGUUGACAGUAAACUGAGCACAGUGUGGUUUGGCUUCAUGCUGCUGAAAUAAACCUUCCCUGA